AUGACCACAGAGCUGCUUCCUCCCGCACAGCCAGCUUUCAUUCUUCGAGGCCACUCUGCUCAGAUCCACGCCCUACACUUCACACAGGGCAACACCAGACUCCUAACAGCCGACGCCGAGGGUUGGGUCGUGUCGUGGAACCUGUCUUUCAAGAGACCGGUGGCCGUAUGGAAGGCUCACGACAACGCCAUCUUGGGCGUAGGAUCCUGGGGCUCAGAUCGGAUCAUCACUCAUGGCAGAGAUCACAAGCUACUCGUAUGGCAGCUCGGUCUGGCAGACGAGCUCGCCAUGGACAAAACACUUCCCGUUGAUGCCGCCCUCACCUCGAGGAAGCAGCCGUGGCUGUUGCACGCGCUCCCGGUCAACACGUUGAACUUUUGUGCUUUUGCAAUGUGUCAUGACGGCAUGCCGCAAGUCCUCUCUUCUGUCAAGGCCUUGCAAGACAAGGACGUUCCAUGCCCGAUUCUGAUCGCUGUGCCAAACACUGUGGAUUCCGGUGGCAUUGACAUAUACCAGCUCCCUUCCGAGCACCGCGCUGCCGGUAUAAACGCAGACCGAUUCGUCACAACCGGCAUGGUCAUGGCCCUGAACAUCCUAGCAGAGUCCACCCGGAUCCAAGUAGCCGCCGGCUACGAAAGCGGCCACACAAUGGUCUUCGUGCAAAACGACCCAGGCGCCCCCUUUCAAAAACUCUACUCCGCAAACCCUCACACCCAACCAGUCCUCUCCCUAACCAUCGCCCCGUCCAAAGACCACUACCUCACCUCCGCCGCCGACGCCACCCUCGCCAAGCACCCUUUACCCCUGGGCCACAACAUCUGGAACACCGAACCGAAACCCCUCAAGGUGGUGCAGACCCAGCACUCGGGCCAGCAGGGGCUGCGGUACCGCUCCGACGGCCGGGUCUUCGCCACCGCGGGCUGGGACGCGCACACGAGGGUGUACUCGGGCCGGACGAUGAAGGAGCUCGCGGUGCUGAAGUGGCACCGGGUGGGCUGCUACGCGACGGCUUUCGCGGCCGUGGAGCCGGCCGCCGAUCGUGACGGUGCGGGGGAUGGGAGGGACGGGGAUGGGGAUGGGCAGGCGAUGAAGGCGCAGGGAUCGGUGGUGAGCACUGUGCAGCGGCGGCGGGAUCAGAAAGCGCAGGGCACGCAUUGGCUCGUGGCGGGCGCCAAGGAUGGGAAAGUGUCGCUGUGGGAUAUCUAUUGA